ACACACAAGCUCACAUUCACAGACAAACACAUUCACAGACACGCACAUACAUUCAAGUCCACACAUCAGGAAUAAAGGAUAGGGCUGUAUAUAUACAAUUGUAUUCAGCUCCAGGGACCACAUUGCUAUGCGAUAUUACAGCCUUCACAAUCCCUUGUCCCACGCGGGUAACGUUGCCAAACGCGGUGUGUAGGGGCCAGUGCCCAUGGCAGUGAGUCCCAAGGGGGUCUUAGGUUCAAACCUCUGCUCCCAAAUCCUCCCACCCACCAGGGUGAACAAGAACAAGAAGUGGCGCGAGCUGUCGUCCCGGCUGAGCGUGGGCACGUCCAGCAGCGCGGCCAGCUCCCUGAAGAAGCACUACAAGUACCUGUUCGCCCACGAGUGCAAGCUGGAGCGCGGGGAGGAGACGCCCGUCGACGGAAGCCCCGCCUCCGCCGGCGCCGGCGACGGCGGGAAGCGUCAGAUCCAGCCGCCGUCCCCCGCUCAUUCGGGUGGAGGCUCUCUGCAGGGACCACAGACCCCCCAGUCCUCUGGCAGCAGCUCCACCACAGAGACAGCUGCUGAGCUGAAGCCGCCCACGCCCGCCACCACUCCGCUGGGACAGGUCACACCGUUGCCCCCUAGCAGGACGAGCGUGAACGUGCAGGACCCGUUCUCGGACGUGAGCGACCCGGCGGCGAUGCACAAGCGCGGGCCGUCGCUGCCGCCCAGCGCCACGUACCAGCCGGGCCUGGGCAUGCCCGACAUGAUGAUGCGAAUGCAGUACGAAGCCAAGGACCCCUUCGCCGGCAUGCGCAAGAUGGCGGGAGCUGACCCCUACAUACCAAGCCAGAUGUCCAGCGGGGGCAUGCAGGACAUGUACGGGCGCCCCCCCUCCGCCAUGGGCAUGGGCCAGCGCUCCCAGUACCCCUACGCACAGGGCUAUGACAGAAGACCCGACCAUGUGAUGGGCAUGGACGGAGGAAUGGGCCCUCCAGGGGGUCAGAACAACAUGGUGGGCCCGGCCAACAACGAUGGCAGCAUCUACUCCCCCAACAGAUACCCUUCACAGCAGAGGCAUGACGGCUAUGGGCAGCAGUACCCGGGCAUGCCCUAUGGAAUACACCCCUCUGGCAUGUACCCACAGCAGCAGGGCUACAAGCGGCCCAUGGAGGGCAUGUACGGCCCCCCCAGCAAGAGGCACGAGGGGGACAUGUACGCCAUGCAGUACGCCAACCAGCAGCCCGACAUCUACAACCACUACGCCGGCGGCUACUCGGGCCCCGAGCGCAGGCCCAUCCAGGGCCAGUACCCCUACCCCUACCCCCGCGACCGCAUGGGCCCCUCGGGGCCCGGGCCCCACGGCAUGAUGAGCGGGGGCCCCCCCGCCGGCAACCACCCCGCCGACGGCCCCAACAUGUGGCCCUCCAGGACGGACAUGGGCUACCCGUACGGCAGCCGGCACGCGGGCGCGUCCCCCCAGAUGGCGGCCUACGGCGCCGUGGGGCGGGACGACCCGGAGCAGUGGCACCGGCAGUCCGCCUACAUGCCGUCGUCGGGCCACAUGCAGCAGCUCUCCUCGCGCCAGCCCCCCUCGCCGUACCCCAACUCCUCCUCCAUGGCCAACCACCUGCCCAGGGCCCCCAGCCCGGGGGCCUUCCAGCGGUCCCUGGAGGCGCGGCUGUCGCCCAGCAAGGCGCCCUUCAUGUCCGGCAUGAAGAUGCACAAGAUGGGGAUGGCGAUGGGGCCCGGCAUGCAGGGCGCGGGGCCCCUGGGGCAGUUCCCGCCCAACCUGCGGAGGGACCUGAACUACCCGCUGGGGUCGGUGGAGGCCACCAUGCCGGUGCUGAAGCCCCGACGCAACGCCACCUCCAAAGACACCGGGACCCCUGAAGCCUGGCGCGUGAUGAUGUCGCUGAAGUCGGGUCUGCUGGCGGAGAGCACGUGGGCUCUGGACACGGUCAACAUCCUGCUGUUUGACGACUCCACCGUGGCCUCCUUCAACCUGGCCCAGUUGCCAGGUUUCCUGGAGCUCAUCGUGGAACACUUCCGUCGGUGUCUUAUCGAGAUAUUCGGCAUUCUGGAGGAAUACGAAGUCGGUACUGUGGCCCAAAAGAGCCUGCUGGAGCCCGCUCCAAACCAGGAAGCAGAGCCCAGCCCCGAACCAGAAGCAGAAUGCAACAGCCAAUCAGAAGCCGAGACCGCUCCAGGGGCGGAGCCGAUGGAGGAGCAAGCACCCGAUAGGCCGGAUGAGGAUCUCCCUGUCGCCGUCGAGCCUCUGGCACCGGUGACUCCCGAAAAGCCGGAAGAAGUGGAGGAGGAGAUCACGAAGGAGGAAGGGAAGGCAGAAGAGAAGGCAGAAGAAGUAGAGAAGGGGAAGGAGGAGGAGGAGAAGAGAGCCGGGGAGGCGAGUGAAAACGAGGCAGAGUGCAAACCGGAGACAGCCGAGCUGCCGGCCGCAGUGCAGGGGCCCAGGCCUAAACAGGCGAGCAAGUACGACAAGCUCCCGGUCAAGAUCGUCCCCAAGGACGACCUGAUGGUGGACCUGACGGAGACGCUGGGCCACGUCACCUCCUUCACCAGCGGCCUGCUUCACUGGCAGGCCGGCGGCGGCGACUCCACCGCCCACAUCCAGACGCACUUCGAGCCGCGCGGCGACCCCCCCUCCUCGGCCUCGAAGCCGGGGGCCGGCAAGCCCGACGGCGGCGGCGGCGGCAGCGGCGAGACGGAGGAGGCGGGCGGCCCGGCGUCGAGGAAGCGCAUCACGGCCACCAUCGACGACGUCCUGUGCGCCCGGGUGGACGCCCUCUCCCACGCCCACCCCGCCCGCUCCCUGCCCUCCUACCCCUUCAGGGUGCACCCGGACGGGGAGCGCGACGGCAUCACCCUGCUGGAGGACGAGCCGCGCUGCCUGGACGAGCCCUCGCUCUACACCACCUCGGCCUGGCAGGAGUCGCUGGCCAAGCGCUGCCUCUGCGUCUCCAACAUCGUCCGCAGCCUCUCCUUCAUCCCUGGCAACGACGGCGACAUGUCCCGGCACCCGGCGCUGGUCCUGCUGCUGGGCCGGCUCCUCCUCCUCCACCACCAGCACCCCGAGCGGAAGCGGUCGCCCCCCGCCGCCGCCCACCCGCGGGAGGAGCCGAAGGAGCAGGGGCUGUCCUCGGGCCGGGAGGAGUGGUGGUGGGAGUGCCUGAGCUCCCUGCGCGAGAACGCCAUGGUGACGCUGGCCAACGUCUCGGGCCAGCUGGACCUCUCCGCGUACCCGGACACCGUCUGCCUGCCCGUGCUGGACGGCCUGCUGCACUGGAUGGUGUGCCCGUCGGCCGAGGCCCGGGACCCCUUCCCCUCGGCCCCGCCGAGCUCGCCCCUCACCCCGCAGCGGCUGGCGCUGGAGUGCCUGUGCAAGCUGAGCAUCCAGGACGGCAACGUGGACCUGCUGCUGGCCACGCCGCCCUUCAGCCGCCAGGAGAAGCUCUACUCCACGCUGGUGCGCUACGUGGGCCAGAGGAAGCACCAGGUGUACAGGGAGAUGGCGGUGGCCGUCCUGUCCCACCUGGCCCAGGGGGACCCCACGGCCGCGCGGGUCAUCGCCGUGCAGAAGGGCAGCGUGGGGAACCUGGUGGGCUUCCUGGAGGACGGCGUGAGCAUGGCCCAGUACCAGCAGAACCCCCACAGCCUGCUGCACAUGGGCCACGCGCCGCUGGAGCCGCCGAGCGUCAACAUGAUGUGCCGGGCUGCCAAGGGGCUGCUGGCCAUGGCCAAGGUGGAGGAGAACAAGGGGGAGUUUGCGCUGUACGAGAGCCGGCUGCUGGACAUCUCCAUCUCCGCCGUGCUCAACUCUGGCGUGGUGGCCAUCGUCUGCCAAGUACUCUUCCACUACGGGAAAUUAUGACAGGAGGAAAGACGGGACUAGCGACUAGCGAGUCGGGAUGUACGACAGACGUUGUUCUUUGUGUGGUCUUUUUCUAUUUGUAUUUAAACCAAAUGGGAGAAAAUGUCUGUUUGUUUUUUUAAUAAAGUAUCCUCGUAUAAAAAAAAAAUCUCUAUAUAUGUACAUACUGUGGGCCCCCAGAAGAUUUGUUUUUUUGGGAAUUGAAAACUAAUUUUCAUACAAAUAUUUAAUACCUGCUGUCGUUGGAUAAAUUAUUAUUUAAGGUUUUAUGUUUUAUUUUUGUUUGUUUACUUUUCUCAGCCAAAGCUGCCACCAUAGUAUUGGUGCUGAUUCGUGUGGUUCGUUCAAGUCUUUCGAGAUGUUAUUGGGUUUUAUAAACGCUACGAUACACAUCACUUUUUGUUAUGGAGAAUAUUUAAAUCGUGACAUUGUAGAGUAGUAGGACAUUUCCACCACCUCUUCUUGGGAAAAAAAACACUGACUUUUUUCAACCGAAUUCUUUAUGUCUCCAUCGCUGGAAGAUAACAUCGUGCAAUAGGACUCGUGUUAAAGUGGUUGCUUUCGAAGUGCAACCGGGUGUGGAACUGUGGCGAAUAUACGCAGUGUGCGCUUUAGGCCAUGAGGUGGCAGUGUAACACCAGCCAUUCGACAUCAUGGACCGUAUGAAAAAAUGUCUAAUUGCUCCGUCACAGCCUCAUUCAGCUUUUUCACAAAUGAACUUUGCGUUUCCUCAGCACCUGUGUUUGUCUGCAUUAUUUCUUCACUAUGUAUAUAGACCGUUGUACAUUGGUCACACAUUGUUCCUUUCAAUCUUACAAUCAAGAAAAGCGAGAGAUGGGACUUUCUGACUAUUAUAACAAAAAGCUUUUAUUAUUGGUAAGAUUUGUUAUUGUUAUACAUAUUUUGUAAUUGGGGUCAAAUAUUUGAACAUGGCUGAUAGUAGAAGAUGUUUCAAUGUAAAACACAAAAAACGUAACUCUGAAUGCAUUGUAUUAUAGCUGAGAAAACAAUCGCUUUGGUAAAAUUAAAUGUGGAAGUGCCAGGUUUGAGUCUGGGGAGAUCACUAAUGGAGGUGAAACAUGGGAAACCUCAACACAUUACUGUCUCAAUGAUGUCCUCCAUUUAUGUCAGUGGGCAUAUUUUUUAACUUAGACAAUGCUCAAAAAAGAAAACGUGAAAAAUGCUCAUUGUAAAAAACAAAAAAAGCCUUUUUUUCAUAUGACUAAGUGUCUCUCUUUUAUUCAAGAUACAUAUUUAUACUCUGUGCUGCACAUGUCACAAAAUAAAUGUACGAUGACCAUCGUUAAGCACUGGGGGACGUUGCAUUGUGUCCAGACAAUCCUAGGCCAAUAAAACAUAAUUUACUGCUGA